AAUGCCACCAUCUUCGUCAACAAGAUUUAGUUAGCGAUGUAGCUAACGUUAACCGGACACAAAUUGUGAAGUGAUAGCAUCACAGUAGCAAACUUGAUAAUUGCUAUCUUGGCGAUAAGGAAGUUUAUCUUCACGUUUCCGGACUAAAUCACAAUUUAUUUAAUUCGCGGGUAUGUUCAUAAUCUCAUUAGCUAUUUCUGCUAUCGGCAUGUACCUCUUGAGGUGAGGUUGUAUUUUAAUAACGCGUUUUGUUAGCCAUUUCUCAGCGCAGCGUUAGCUAACGUUGCUUUGCUGCAUAUAGCUAGCACACUGGAUAUUGUUGUGGGAUUGCUAGCUAAGUAGACGUCGUACUUUAUCAGGGAAAUGACAGAGCUAUCACUCGGUAAAAUAACGAGUGAUAUGUAAAGGUGUCUGCUUGCAAAUAUCUCCGAGUGGCUUCUGAAUGUAACAACCUAACUAUGCUAUCGCAUGUGUCAAGUGACCACAGCAUCCUCCAUUGUUCAUUCACUCUCCCGGGACUGACAGUGUAGUGCUAUGCCCGAGCUGUUUCCCUGUUUACCCGUGAAAGUUGGCUAUGUAGCUACUUAAAUGUUAAUAUGAAUUAAUUUAUCAGCUUAUUAAUUGAUAACUAACUGGACCUCCAGAGGUGGACAUUGCUCUGUUAAUCCUGCAGGAGAAUAUCAGAUUAUGAAUACUACUGUCCUGACCUUUCCUCGUGUCAGUUGUUUUUGUUUAGUUCUUAAUAUUACAUUUUACAUCAGAGACACAAGACACGAUUUACCGUCCACACUUUGUUGUUAAUCAGACUGUGGAGCCUCCUCUCAGACACCCGGAGGAGCUGAAACACAGCAGAUCCGUGAGAGCAGCUGGAUACCUGCUGACACUGUGUGGAGAAUGUCUUCACCGAUAUACUACAACCAAGACAGUGUCACACGCUUCAAGAAAAGAAAGGCUCGUUUCUCUUUCAGUGAAGUCCACAUACUGCUGGAUGAAGUGAGGAAGCACCGUAUGGUGGUUGUGGGCAAAUUCAAUCGUGGCGUGCCAACAGACAUGAAAAAGCGCACAUGGGCAGAGAUUACCGCACGGGUCAAUGAGAUCGGGGAGUGCCAGCGUGAGGUCAUAGAGGUCAUCAAGAAGUGGUCUGACCUGAAGUGUGACACAAAGCGGAAAGUGGCUGCUAUGCGGUCAGGGACAGUGCCCAACAGAGGACUCAACUCGCGCCUUUCCCGGGACCUUAAUCAGACAGAGAAAAUAGUCCUCCAGAUUCUGGAGAUGGACGAGGAAGAGCAGAGCACCGGUGACUUCGGCCCGUUGGGGGAAGACGAUGAUGUGCCAGAGGAGGAAGAAGAGUUGGAAGAGGAAGAUAUGAUUGGAUUGCAGAGCUCUCCCAAUGGCGGGUUGGACAUGUUGCCUAUGCCUCCACCUUCUUCAUACAACAUAAGUGGACUUGCGCAGUCAGGGGACUCGUCUCAGCCCGCUUUUGAUGUGCAAUAUGAGGUUCCUCCUGCAGAAGAUACUGAAAAUGCAUUUGGAGACUCAGACGAUGAACAAAGAGAUGAUGUGUUAACUUCAACUCAGGCAGCAAAACCAAAAGACGAUCACCAAGCCAACAACGGCACCCAGAAACAAGGACAACCUCAGACGUCUGCCGGACUGUCAGCAUCAGCGGCCACUCUUCCCGUGCCAGGUCACCCCUCACAGAGCACGAGGGACAGCAUGCUGCACAAUGCGUCGCUGAGCCUUCAGGAGCAGCACGCCACCAACAUCCUGCUGGAGACUGUUUCACGCUCCCUGGAGCUUCUGUCAGAGUCAGUGCAGCAGCUGGCAGAGACUCAGCAGGAGUUUGUGCGCGAGUCGCUGCAGCUCCAGCGGGAGACGGUGCAGGUGCUCAGAGACUUCACAGGUGGAGCCAUCGCGCUCAUGCAUGAUAAACUGAAUGGACGGCCAGCGUUAUAACAGCAGUGACACGUGCGGAUGAGGAUAUCUCACUGACUUCAUGGGCUUCAGGUGCAGGAACUUCUCGGUUCUUUUGGACUUCACUCAUGGUUCUUUUUUUUUAAUCAACAGAUUUUCUGUGGUUUUAUUUUAAAACUAUUGGUAGAAUUAUUGUAUUGAUGGAAUUACUGUUCGUGUGGUUACAUGAAUGUGGAUUGCAAAAAUAACCUAUAUUAGCCAUAAAGAAAGAAGAUGGAGGUUUUUUUUUUGCUACUGAAAGUGAGACUCCACCACAUGCAUUUUCUAUUAAGAAAACAACUUGUUUAAAGCCUUUGAAAAGUUCUCAGAAUGCAUUUGUGUGUCUUUAUGUUGUACUUUCCCCCUUUGCAUUAUGUCUGGAGAUUAUCAUGCGUACUGUAACGGUGAGUGGAUGUCUGCACUUGACCAUUAUAUGGUCCUUAUGUGUGAGAGUUAGCUAUGGUGUGUUAGAUACUUUGAAAAUACAAGUAAGUAUAUUAUUUGUGAUUGAUUUUGUUUUUUACAUUACAAACAUGAACACUUGAAUAUGAAAAUUUCACUAAGUUCUUUUAAAUAUAUAAUAAACUUG